CCACAGAGUAUAAGAAUGUAGAAACAUAAACGCUGUGAAACUGUGCAUGAUUAAUUGGAGAGGACGAGUGUGACAUAAUAGCCUUUUCUUUUGAGAUAGACGUUGCUAUGGUGACGUGAUCGAAGAUGCAAGUUGCUCAAUACAACAAGAUAAUCACAGCUGCAGCUACAGGUUUGGUCACAAUUGGAAAUAUACAUCAUGUUUAUUACCCGUGCGUACAAACAAUUGUCGCAAUUCAUAGGUCUUGUGACUUGAAUCAAAUUCACCUGUUUGGAAGUAAUCCAGCAAGCCAGAAGCUUGGAAUACCAGUGACUGUCAGUGCGGUCGGGGCUGAUAUCAAAACUGCAUUGUACGGUGGAAAUAGUUGUCUGUGUAAAUAGACCUACACGAUCUGCUUUGUUCAAAUUUUAUCACUUUGCCUUAUCGGGAACAAUGGAGGAGGUGCGGGCUUUGAGUCACCCAAGUAGACAGGUACUUGUCACCGGUCUGUGGUUUUAUACUUUAUUUUCAAUCUUGCCCACAUCCCAAGGAACCGCUUGUGGUUAUGCACUCUCACAGGAAUUCAAUGCUGCUGAAAAUCGAACACUGAGAAAUGCCACAAUUUGGUCGGGUAGAGUUGGUACUCUUGUCGGCUGUGUGAGUUGGUGCCACUCUUGGCAGAUUUGCAAAUCAAUCAAUUACUUCAAGAGAGAUCGCAAGUGUGAAUUGAACAAUGAAACCAAAGUCUCUGCCCCAAAUAACUUGGUCGUAGACUACGCGGGCGUGUACUUCGAUGGUUUGUACAGCGAUUGCUGGAGUUUACUGAAGGCAGGUUACAGUGUGACCGGUAUGUAUACGAUAUUCCCCGCGGGAUUUGCAGAUGGUCUGAAGGUGUACUGCGACAUGGAGACCGACGGUGGAGGCUGGCUUGUCAUUCAGAGGCGUCAGGAUGGCAGUGUCGACUUCUACCGCGGCUGGGCUGACUACCGCGUGGGCUUUGGUGAGUUGGCUGGUGAGUUUUGGCUCGGCAACGACAACUUGCGCACCUUGAGUAAUUCUACUGGAUCUUGGGAUCUUCGAAUCGAUUUAGAGGACUGGGAUGGCAACACAACCUGGGCCGAGUACGGAGGUUUUCAAAUCUCUGGACAGGAUUUUCGUCUGAGUUUUGGUUCGUUCAAUGCGGACAGUACGGCUGGAGACUCUCUGACUUACCAUAAUCACUGGCCAUUUUCAACAAAGGACGCAGACAAUGACCGUUCACAUAUGAACUGCGCAGAGAGGAUGGCUGGAGCUUGGUGGUACAAGGCGUGUUAUCAUUCUAAUUUGAACAGUGUGUAUUUUCAUUCGUCCCGUGAACAACCUGGAGACUACCGAGGUAUUAUUUGGGUUGCAUGGAGGGGUCUUUUUUACUCCUUACAAAAAUGUAGUAUGAAGAUUCGACUGGCAAUGUAAGUCAAUUACUGAAAGGAAUCAGACCACUUAUGUUUUAUUUAAAUUGAGUAACCAAUAAAAAGAUAAAAAUACCCGUUAACUCUAAAAGGGCAGGAUUAUUUUG